AUGGCAUUCAAAUUUGUUGUACUUUGCGCUCUCUUGUCCGCUGCCAAUGCUGGUCUUGCUCCAGUAGCUUACUCAGCUCCUUUGGCUCACUACGCUGUAGCUAACCCAUCCUUGGACGCUGUAGGCUCAACCCAACACAAUGUUGUUCGUUCCUAUGCCGGUACAGUAUCCCAAUACUCCAAGGCUGUUGAUACACCAUACUCGAGCGUUCGCAAGUCUGACACUCGCAUCAACAAUAACGUCUACACUCCAACUUACGCCAAGGCCUUGACUUAUGCUGCCCCUCAAGCUGUCUACUCGCAUGCUGCUCCAGCUGCCGCCGUCUAUAGCCAACAUGUUGCUCCAGCUGCUGUUUACUCUCAUGCUACUCCAACUGUCUACUCACACGCUGCUCCAGCUGCCGUCAUUGCCCAGCCUGCUGCUCACGCUAUUGCCUACUCUCCAGCUGCUACCGUUGCUCAUGUUACUUUUGAUGGAUUUGGAGCUCACUACGGUUACUAA